CAACUGUGGCGGGAUUGUUGCUUGCUUGGUGGACAUUCGCAGGAAGGAUUCUGCAUGAUAAUCUAUACUCAUACCAAUGCGCCAUCGUCGCAGACGGCUCUACAGCCAAAGAUGCAAAUCAUCCAUCGGAUGAGCGCAUCGAAAUCUCAGGCCGAUCAAGUAGUGGCCGUGCUCAUAUUGAUAAUUCGCGUCAUCAUCCGUGAUUCUUACUACGUCCACAGCCCAUCCAUCUCAAUCCUCUGCUAGCCAGUGCCAUGGGGCUCAUCCUACUCGAUCUGCCGGACGACGUUCUCAUUCUCAUCUUUGCCCUCAUCGAGGUGCCCGAGAUCAUCCGCUUACGAAUGUCCUGCGCGAGGCUGGCCCUUGUCUCGACGCUUCCUAUCAUCUGGACCAACGCCUACCACAGACUCUACUUCUCCCGUCGAUAUCCUCUCCCGGCAGCGCCCAGUGCAUCUUCUCCGCAUUCGCAGUGGGAAGCGGACCUCGAGCACCGCGUCGUCCAUGCCUACCGACUCGGCUGCGCAUGGUCUUCUCCGCAGAUGAUGGACUGGAACGUCAAAGCGACAUUCGAUGCGCGGCAAGGCACGCCCGUCACCGAUGUGCGAUUCAUACACAGCCGCUCAAGCGCAGCGCGCCUCAUGACGAUCUCCAAGAGAAUCUGGUCGGUGAUCACGAUAUGGGAGAUCCAAGAGGAACGCGGGCCAGUGGCAAAGCUGUACGAGUGGUCUGAGCGCGGAUGUUUGGUGCACACCUACGCCUUGUACGAGAAUGCCGUGAACGCACAUAGCGCGCCAGGGGACGUGACACCGUUCAUGGCUGUAGGAACAAGCAUCAAGAUUCUCGCACUGGACGCCACUUCUGGAUUGCACGUCGUAAAGACGAUCGCCUCGAAGAUGGAACCUGUUCUAUUCCAGGACAAUCUCCUGGUCCUAUGCGAUGACACACACACCUCGGUGCUUGUAGACUGGAGGACCGAAGCAAGGGCAUUGCUUAGAAGAGACGAGGAACCAGCGGGGUUCACGUCGGUCGGCGGGGCGAUCCAAGCGGUGCUUCUCGAUAUGUACAUCAUCAUUGUCUGUGCCCGGUGCGUGCUGCUCUUCGAACGACCACCAGUUGUUCCGCCAGUUGCCGUUCCAUCGGGUCCCCACUCACCACUAGCGGACUUUUCUUUCGGAUGGGUCGACAACAUGUCUGUCUGCGAAACAGUCGCGGCUGAAGAUCCGAAGUCCCUGGCUCCGUUGUACGUCAUGUUACGUGCCGCACCGGACGACCCAUGGGCGGCACUGGACGAUUACCACCUCGAUGUUUACACCCUAUUACCCUCACUCGAAGCUGACGGCCCCGAUCCCCUCCCAUAUCGCUUCCCGCCGAGACACACAGCCCGAAUCCGCAGCACGCGAGGAUCGCUCCAGUGCACCGCACUCCGGGUCGGACGAUUCGGCACCAGCAUCUGGAUUCAGCCUCGGGACAGAAGCGUCUCUGGUCUCGCGUAUGCAAUGCAAGAAGAGAUCCACGAAUAUGCGCCGAUCGUGCGGAAGGAUGAACGGGUCAUGUGCUCUGUUCUCCCGGGGCCCUUGUUCAGCGGUGGAGUGGACGAGAACGACGAGGUACCGGAGAUUCGGGCUUUCGAAAUCUGGGCGAAUGAGGCGAAUGAUUGUAAAGCCAUUGACUAUGAUGAAGAUCUCGGAUUGGUCGCUGUGGGAACGACUAGAGGCUCGGUUGUUAUAUUGAGCGCGUAUUAGAUAGCAGACAUUCUAGUCAUUAGCAUAGAAGCAAAGACAUUGUACACUCUGAGGAUGCUUCAUAGUCGUCGUCGUCGUCGUCAUCGUCUUCCGUUUCUUCGUCUCCAUCGGUCUCUUCGUCCUCGUCCUCAUCUUCAUCCUCAUGCUCGACAGGAUCCCCUCCCACCGCUCGGGUAGUGGCCGACGCCGUGUUUGGUAGUAAUAGCUGCACCCCUUUUAUUCUACUUCAGACGUCGUUUCUUUGCCGCAGUGCUGGACCCGGCGGGCAGAGGACGUUUAACGGAGCUGUUUGGCGGCGCUGAGCUCGGGUGCAAGACAGCAUCAGCCGAAACAGCGGGAGCAGCGACUGGAAGAGCCUCGAGAGCUUCAAUGGCGACACGUAACGGGGCAAGAAAGGCUUCAUAAUCCGUUGAAGCUCAUGAAUAGUUGGUCUGCAAGACAGGAAAGUCGGCAGCGCCUUCCCCUCUGGCCUGGGCAACUGUGUUGUCGAUUACAGCCAAUCUCGUCCUGAAGAGAAGCUGAUGGGCCCGGAUGAGCGCGCCCAGGAUGGCCACUGUGGCCGGGUCCGUAAACCUGGUUAUGGGAUGGCGGAAGUACGUAGUCAGGACGGCUAUCUUCUGGUCGCCCAGAGUGUCACGCGAGAGAGUCGCGUCAAACCAUUUCAGAAAUGGCGCAUUGGUGAUUUCACCGCCUUUGGCAUCGAGGCAGCAGAGGACCCAGAGCAGAACGUAGAAGAUGGACUCGAGAUCGUCCAUCUGAUCGUGAAUGCCCAGGGCGGGAUGCGACAGAACACGAACGGACUGGAACGCGCGCGUUCCC